AUGAGACUCUUCAAUUCAAUUAUUUUUUUAUCGUUAGCUUUAAAAUCCUUAUCAUCCCCAGUCCCUUCAAAUAAUAAAGAUAGCAAUGGUUUAGAACCUCAAACUUUAAAUCAAAACCAAGCACAAGAAUUAGAGAAUUUAGAACAAUAUGAGGGCGAACCUGAUGAUUUUGACUAUUCCACUGCAAAUGAAAUCCAAAAAUUAGAAGAAGAAAAUCUUAAAAAAAAUCAAGUUGAAUGGCCAAAAUUUUGGUGUGAAAAACAGUGUCGUGAAACCUAUUUACUAUAUAAAGGUUGUGAACUUCAAGGAGAUUUGAUUGGUGAAACUUGUACCUGCUCUCCUCAUUUUAGAUAUAAAAUUAACAAAUGUACUAACGAUGGUUGCGAUCACUUUUAUGAUCAUGCCCCAGAAUGGCAAGAAAAAAUUGAGCCAUUGAUUGAAUAUUGCAAAGACAAAGGUGAUGACUUUGUUAAUUAUUAG